UGACCGUGGUCGCCUAGCGACCUCCUCCUCGCCGCCCUCCCUCAAAAAGGGGCUUUCUUCCUGCUGCCAUGGAGAAUUAGGGCGGGGGAAAACACACUGCGGCGGUAACGUGUGAAUCGAACUGGAGGUGCCUCUUUCUUGGACUCAGGUACUAACUUUGCACAAUGGCGCGAGCCAUUGAUUUGGUUCCAUGGCCUGAAGAUCUUUCUCCCGUCUAUGCUGCCCCGGCAAUUCUAGUCCCAUUGGAGCACAGAAAAACCAUGUUGUCUGGAGUGAAAAACUGCCUGUAUCACCCACGUCUGCCAACGCUUCGACAAAUGGAUAUGGAUACUAUCGCCCACAGGCUUACGGAUGAACACUGUAGGACAGUAACUGCCUGUUCCAAAGAGGAUUUCGACAAUGCAACGUUCACCCUGGCCGGAGUGCCCAACCAGCGCCUUCCAUCCCUGGGGAUGACAGAGUUGGGCAGGACACUGACUGAGAAGUACAGAGCAGGAAAGAUGGCUCCUGUAAUGCCCAGCACCAAUCAGGGAGAGUGGCCCAGCUACACACGGGCAAUGGCUGACUGGUCCCGCUUCGUCUCCACUGCUGGAGAAUUCAGAUUACCCAGUUUUCAAAAAAAAGUUCUUGGAUUCAGUUGUUAUGCUGUGAGAUACUUAAAACCCGAUGUCACCCAGACUUGGCGGUAUUGCCUCAAUCAGAAUCCCAGUCUGGAUAUGUAUGGACCAAAGCCCAUCCCCUACAAUACUGUGAAUACUUUCAGGAGUUUUGGAUCGGCACACAGCCGUUCCCACUACCUCCAGCCCUGGCGCUAGGAAAUGACUUUUCGAGAGUCAAGAAAAUCUUCUGCAGCAGCAUCUGAACAUCCACCAAAAUAAAAAAGAUACAUCUAUUUGCUGCCUCAGCAGAGAAAGGUGUCGAUAAAGCUACUAAAAUAGGUGUUAGAAGAAAGGGA